AAGUGAACUAAGUCUUUUCCCCGCUAACGUUUAAGGACAUUUAUGUAAACUCCGCAAACGCUUCUUUCAAAAAAACUCCUCAAACGCAGCUGGGUUUUCUUCUUUCCAGCGCAUUAGAAUUGUUUCUAACAUCUUCUUGAGGUCUUCACCUUUCUUUUCCUCUCCUUUGAGAAAAAAUUGAAAAUUUGGAGUAGUAUUUUUGAAAUUUUUCUCUUCUUUGAGUUGUCUAUAGCUUUAAGUGGCUGGUGGUGUUUUUUAAAAUUUUAUCUUCUUUACUUGAAAAUUACAUAACCUGCUUAUCUAUAAUUUCGAAUUUUAGAUAAGCAGAUCUUGUUUUUUCCCUUCAUAAAGAUUUGGUGAAAGGGCAGAAAUCCUAUGCAAAUAAACCAUCAUAAAGAGUCCCUUCACAUCGCUUCAAUUUUGUUUUUUCCCCCAAAUUUGGAUUCCAAUGGGAAAAAUAAGAUGUUUGAAUAUGAAAGGAGAGGUUUUUAUGCUCCAGCAGUGUUAGGGGUGGAUCGCCUCAGGACGGUUUUUGAAGAGCAAACAGGGCUGAAUGUUAAAGGCAUUGUUGCUCUAUAUGGUGGUCAUUUCAGUGUUGCAACAGUGAUAAGUUAUAAUGGUAGUCCCGGCUUCUCAGAGAAUAAUUAAGAUAAGACAGGCUUGCUUAAGCUACCAUCUUCAUACCCUUCUAAGAUAAUAGUGGCCUUCUCCAGUUCUCCUUCAGCAGCCCAUAUGAAGUCUGCAACAACUGCCCCCUUAACAUUAUCGGCCAGAGCAGGGUUUCCCUUACUCUCAGCGGUCCCCACGUAACUGAAUUGAGCAAUCCGAGGUCUCCUUUUUAUUUUCCAGAAGAAAGUGAACUACAGUAUGAUCUCUCCUUGCUCUGAAGCAACAAAGAAAGAAUACGUGGAGUGAAUUGUUUUGAAGAAUGCAAUCUAAAAUAAACACUUUUUUCAAACCCUGCAUUUCCAAGACCGUCGCAGCUUCUUCGAUCUCCCACAAUUUUCUUGAUUGCAAGACUGCACAAUUGGAACACCCUGAUAUCACCAAUACUUACAAGCGUAAAAGUUUCAAGUCGGGGGAUGGAUCAAAUGGUGAACCACCCGAGGAUAUUGCUUCAAGGAGUUCAACUGUGAAAUUGGUUCCACCGCAAAAUUUGAUUAGGAAAAGAAACUAUGCCCAAUUUCAUUUGGAAUUGGGUCAGUCUGAUUUCCUGUUGCACACUUGCAACGUAUGCAGCUUUCAGUAUGCCACUGGUAACAAAGGGGAUGAGAAGGUUCACCAGACAAUUCACAGGAAUUACACUCGAGGGAUCCCAUUCAAGGGCUGGACAAAUGAAAGAAUUAUUCCGACUUCUUCUGAAACUGGACGCAUUAUCAUGGUGUUAAAUGACGACCCUUCUCCAUGGAGAAAUAAAGUUCUAGAAGUUAUUAAAAUGAUGGAGAUAGAACUUGGAGAUGGGUGGAUAUAUCAUCAACAAUGCAAGGCGUAUUUAUUUAUAACCUUUGGAAGAAUUGCUGGCUGUGUGAUAGUAGAACCAAUAACCAGGGCCUACAGAUUCGUGUCUAGUUCAUCAGGAAACGGGUCAAAUAAUUCGGCUAAAAUGGAAGUAUGUCAGAAAUCUUCGGUUCUGCAAUUUGGAGGAGUCUGUUUUCAACGGGAAAAAGUAAGAAAAGACCACUCUAAGGAAAGACUUGAAGGUUCAGAUGAAGGAUUUGGGGUUAUCUUGUGUGAGGAGGAAGCUGUACCUGCUUCAUGUGGCAUUAGAGCCAUUUGGGUUAGUCCUUCCAACAGAAGAAAACAAAUUGGUACUUACUUGCUAGAUGCUGCUAGGAUUAGCUGUUGUGAUGGUCUAGUUCUAGAACGGGCUGAGUUGGCAUUUUCCCAACCAACUUCAACUGGGAAGAAAUUCAUAUCUAGCUAUACAAACAGUUCAUCUUUCCUCCUAUACACCUCUAGUGGCUCAUAGUAAAUUCUUUGUAGCUCUACCCCUAUCUUAUUUCAACAAGUUCAGGCACUGCUUAAUUGGUGUUCCAUCUUUUUCAAUGUAAUAUCUAUGUUACAAAAUUCAUUAAUAGAAUUAUAAUCGGUUGUCUUCCUCUCUCACA